AUGGGGGCCGUGCAGGAAGGGUUCCUUAGACGCGGCUCCAUUCCCGGCGUCAUCGGAAGCGUGGACGGCAGCCUUAUCGCCAUCAUAGCACCGGAGGGCGAGCAGAAGGUGGCAUUCAUGUGCCGCAAAGGCUACUACGCCCUCAACACGAUGUUUGUAAGUGACAGCGGCUACCCCCUGGAACCAUGGUUCCUGACCCCAGUCACAGGCCACCUUCCUAUACACACUGCAGAAGGCAGAUACAACACUGCACAUGCUGCCAUGUGGUCCGUAGUGGAGCGGUGCAUUGGGCUUCUGAAGAGCCCCUUCCGCUGCCUUCAGCGGUACCGCGCCCUCCACUACGAACCAGACCGUGCUGCCAACAUCGUUGCAGCAUGUGCGGUGUUGCACAACUUGUGUCUUGACGAAGGUAACGUGUUGGAUGUUGUUAGUGAUGACAGCAGCAACAGCAGCAGUGACGAUGACAGUGGCAACCCCUCCGCACAGAGAGUUCCCCGAGGGAGGGCAGCACGCAUGAUGUACCUGAGAGGCUGUGCUGCCCAGGAUAAUGUUAUUAGUUCGUUCGGCACGACACGGCAGCAGCACCAGCACUACCUACGAAGGGUGCGAAGGCGGCUGCGUCGACAGCAGCAGCGACAGCAGCAAUAA